AUGGCUCAGGAACUUAAGGACCUCUGUCAACUUUUGUUCCCAGAAUCAACUACAGAAAAUGUGGAAUAUUUCAGUGAUAUAACUGAUUAUAUAAAAAAGCUGGGAUCACAGAAUUGGGAACAAGUGCAAAAAGAACCUGACAGGCUUAGUGAAGAAAUGAAACAUCUAACAGAACAGACACAAGAUUUGGCUUUUACAAAUUAUAAAACUUUUGUGGAAACAGCAGAUAUUUCAAGAGCUAUCAUGAAAGAUUUAGGAAAAUCUAAAGACUCUUUAAGUAAUGUCCUAGAAACAAUACCAGAUUUUAUACAGCAAUGUGAAAGUUUUUCACAAAUAGCUGGAAAUAUUGUGCAAGAAAAGAAGAGAUACAGUAGUAUAAGAAACCAAAGUGAUAAGUUGUUAGAGUUAUUAGAACUACCAUCAUUGAUGCGUGAAGCUUUAAAUGCAGAAGACUAUGAAAGUGCAUUGGAUAUUUUUGCAUUUAUACUUAAUUUAUCUAAGAGGUAUUCAGAAAUACCAAUUGUGCAGAGUACUACAACAGAAAUUAUGACCCUAUGGUAUGAAACAUUGUAUCAUCUCUUCAAUCAGCUACAUUAUGAUUUACCUCUUCCACAAUGCUUACAGAUUUUAGGAUACUUACGCAGAGCUAAUACAGUAUUUAAGUCUACUGAAGAUGAACAAGACAGGCUGCAAUCAAGUGGGAUAAAAUCUAACAAUAUCAACUCUGAUGGAUUACAUUUACAUUUCCUUAAAGCAAGGAAUGCAUGGUUUGAAAAAGCACUAGAAGAUGCCAAGAAUACGGAAAUGCCUGAAAAAUUACUUAGAAGAAUAGUAGAGUUGCAUAGGAUUCAUUUGUUUAAUGUUAUCACUCAACACAAAUCUAUUUUUCUGUCCGAUGCACAAGAGUCUAAAGUAAGGGAUGAUGAAUUAAGUGGAACCAGUGCGUUAUCAUGUUGGCUAAAACUAAAAGUUGAGGACCUUGCGCAAAUAUUGAAUCAAGAUCUUUGGAAAGAAGAUGAAUCAAAUUUUGAAUCACUAAUGAAUCAAUGCAUGUACCUCUGCCUUUCAUUUGGAAGAGUAGGUGCAGACUUAAGAUGUGUACUCACGCCUCUCUUUCGAGAUAAUAUUUUGAUGCAAUUUAAUUCGGGCGUUGAUAAGAACGACAAUAACUUUGAGAGCCAGAUGAAGUCAUACAAAGUCCCAAGUAUAAAGAAUGUGCAGAGACCAGUGAAUGAAAAUAUGGCAUCGGGCCCACCUGAGAAUUUGUUAGAUUACUACCCCUUAGCAGAAUAUUGUAAUGGAUUGUUAACAGUUUUGAACUCCCUCCGAGUGACUGCCCCUUUAAAUAUUGUCAAAGAUGUGUACACAGGAUUCAGAAAGUCAUUUGACAAGGCAGCUCAAAUUUUGAUUGCAUUCUAUCAUAGAGAACAACAGGCUUUUACGGAUAUUGAAAGGCAAAAUUUCGUGUCUUUUUGUGUUUGUUUUACAGAAGAUUUGGUCCCAUAUAUAUCUAAAUGUUUGUCGCAAUCAUUCCCUCCCACUCAAGUAGCGGAACUGCUGGGGGUCACAUUGACUGUGUUGCAGGAAAGUAAGAUUUUACAUUUAGACCAAGUUCAAAUAUGUCAACCAUUAAGUAGUAUUACCGGACUUGUUAUUAAU